CGUAACGGUAGGAAGAAAUACUGACAAACUCGUCAUCAAAAAUUGACAGACACCUUUSUUGUGCGACGAAACCAAACAAAACAACCGUUAAAACUUUCGAGAUGUAUGAUCCAUCCGCAAACCUGAGAUAAAAAAUCUCAAUCUCAAUAACAGCGUAGCGUGGUGGCCAGGGAGCCAGCCAGCCAUGAUGAAUGACCACAACCAAGAAAACACCCCGCUGCUACCACCGAGCAAUAACCUCCGAAGAACCGAGCGAUGGAAGAACACGCGUAUCGGCACCSACAAUUCAAACAGCGAUGACGCGAGCGAGGAGCGGGGCAGUGCGGGGAAGCAACAACAGCGCAAUCGAAGGACAGAGAGAGGAACAAACAACAACAACAACAACACGGCGAUGAUGCACUCGAUGACGAUGAUCCCAAUCGGUCMCAUCAUUGGUGUGUCAAAGCCGAUCGAGAAGUGGUACCGGGGCCUGGUAGUCCGGCAGAGCUGCCACAACCACCUUGCCAGCGAUUUGCUCUCGAAAGACAUGUACCUCAACACCUUAUCAGUGGCUCUGACUGCCAUCACUUCGUCCGCAAUCUUCACGUCGCUCUCGCCGACAGCGGGAGCGACAACAGCAAUGCAAAACAACCCGCACGGGGAUCUGAACAACACGCAAGCAAUGUACAACGUGGGUGGUGUCGACCAGUCCUAUUACUACGCCCCGAUCGACCUGUCGAAUACGCUGGCAGUUAUUGCAGGUGUUAUAGCUGCCCUCAACACCGUGCUGCAGGGGGUGACGAGAACGCUGUACUACGGACAGAGGGGGGAGCGGCACCUGCGGGCCUACAAGGAAUUCUCGAGGCUUCGCUUCCAACUAGAGAGCAUUGUCGGCGACAAACCAAAGUACACGGAGCAYAAGGUGGACCGGGAAAAACUCAAGCGGUGGAUACGGAAGUACGAGGAGGCGUUGGAAGAGUCACCGGUGCGUAUUGUGUGCGUGUGUGAGCGAUACAAACGAUGAGAACAUAUAUUCUUCCUCCUAUGGUGCAACAGCAAGACGAAGUAUUCUUUGUGCUGAUUCUCAUCGUUUUUCGUUUGGUUUGAUUUCGUUCAUGUUWCCUCUUGCCACCACUCUUCUCGCUCUUCUUAACGUGGUCAGAUCAUUCCACAAAAAACCUUCGAACAUGUCGCAAAAGAGCAAGGGAUGAGAAGCCGCCGGUGGCCAAGUGACGAAAAGGAACUGGAAGCRAUCAUGGACGAGGAACGAAACUUGGCGGCGGUGAAAGAAAGCAAGAUGGUGUAGGUUUGCUUGCGUAUACGUUCCGCUGCGUUGUGUGCCACCAGUGUAACAAAUACACGAAUUGUUUACGAGAGUAUCGUACGAAUGUGACCUCRAUUGUUGGGUUGAAGUUGUUGUACGAAAAURUGUGCCGUGCGUAUGGUUAUUUUCAAGAUUGAACUAAUAAGAUCAACCGUACGAGCUGAAUCCAARCAAGAYGAGGAAAAUACAUUAGGGGAGAAGGAAUACGAAGGAGGAAUCACUACAGCAUUGAUUGACACAAGUAGCAUGUUUACGACGAAAUAAACUUUUCAAAUACUUGGACGACAAGAUUACACCUUUUAUCUGCUCAAUUCGUACGGAUUGACUUCGUACCGUAGAUUUUUCAUUACGAUUCUUGACACCAUGAAUUCACUCCCUAUUCAGACCCACACCAUUUCCAGGGCUGUUCAGUKCCAUCCGACUGGUUUCUGCGUUAAGGUGGUGGAGAACCGCUACUAGAGUGGGUCCUACGAAAGUUCUCUGACGAUGCACCGCUCAAUGACAUUUGUAGAACCAUCAACUUAAGGUUCUGAGAAUUUUCUUGAAAGGAGAACUGAUCAGCACGAUAGUACAUUUUUUUGUUUUAAACGUUGGUUGCAUACAAUGUUAAUCAAAUAUAUUGGAUCGCACCCAGCAUCAGACCCGUAUGACCAUGGAAAUUUCUCCCCGGAGUUCUUUGGUGGUACAAAAUUUAAAAAAACCCGCGAGAGAAUCAGUGUCACGAACGUUUUUCAAAAGUUCGUACCGUUUGGUCCGAACCAAAAAAGUCUUCGAAAGAAACAUAUAAAUUCGUCUCGGUGUCCGAUGGUACGGUACCUUACAUGUCAGAACAACGUAAUCCAGGACCGGGUGAAAAAAGUAAUGAUAUCUCUUGCUUUUUUCCCUGAAUUACUACUGAGCGUGAUAUUUUUCUAACAUUUAUGACAUUUUCUCGAGCGCACGUGAUAAUUUUGUCACGUACGUGAUACUUUGUGAUAGUAUUUAGUUAUCCAAUUUAGUUGCUUCCAGCACCAAAAGUAUUUUCCAGUGGCCAYUGAAUGGCUUAUACAACCAAAAAGAAAAUUAAUUGCAUAAAGACAU